AUGUUGCCAAAUGUGCCGCAACCGAAAAACGGGAUGAUACGAACCUACGAGAACGCAUCGCGUACUUUCACCCGUCCCUACUCGGCGAAAACCGUUUUUUUCUAUAAAGAAGGCGAUGAGUAUUUUACGGGUGUUCGAAUCCCGGUCUCGAAAUCUCGUUAUCGAACGAUUGACAGCUUGCUCGAUGAUUUGAAUACAAAUAUACCGAUGCCCUAUGGGGUUCGCCGUUUGAUGACACCGAUGGGCAGGAAUGAGAUCCAAACAAUCGAUGAUUUACAGCACUUGGGAAAAUACGUUGCCACCUCAGGAAAGACGUAUCGUGGGCUGAAUUUUUCCGGUGUGGAACGAUUGCAAAAGGCAAGAGAAGCCGCUGCUGCCUCGUUGAGACGAGUCGGCAAAAGUGGACAGAGUUUCUGGAUUCCCGCUUCACCAUCUUAUCGUCAAAAGUUACGAAUGUCAAGAACAUUAGGGAUAAAUGUACAACCAAGUAAACAGAUUUUCUUCGUUUUAAAUGGUAAAACGAAACUUUUCCGUAUGGUUCUCAAUCCGAUAAAGAUGCCGAAUUUGGAGCUGUUGUUGAGUGAAGUGAGCAAUGGGCUUGAGGUCUCGAUCGAUCGUUUUUACACAUUUGAGGGUCGAAAAAUCGAGAGUGUUGAGGAAAUAAUGGACGUGUCACCGCCAAAGAUCAUCGCCGUGCCUCGAGCUGAGCGCUUGCAAUUGCGCGAGAAAUUCACUCUCCCAUCGCUUUUUUCGACGAGAAGUGAUCGCACAGCGUCUACAAAUUUCAAGAAAAAUGGUCAAUUAGCUCAAACAAAUGGUCGUGGCGGUCUUCCACCAACAACUCUUCAAACAGGCUCCUCAAAUUCGUUUGCCGACUCGAAUUCGCUUGAAAAUCGAAUCGAUAAACAAAGGAAACAGCUAAAUAAUGCUCGAAAGAACACGCGGAAGAUGACAGGAGCGCCGAAACGAAAGAUUCAACGGCGAAUUCCUUCCCUCGACCCUCCCAAUUCAGCCACCACAAAAAGCGACGACUCAGGCAAAGCUCCUUCAGUUGAGAGCAGCGUGCGGACGAGUAAUGGCGGAGUGGACGCGCAAAGCCAUCGAUCGAUUGAGACAAGUGGCAGCGAUUACCCUGAAUCGGCUCAUCAUUCCCUGGCGGGUAGUGUGAGUUCACGAGUCGACGAAAUGGAACAAGUGCAUCAGGGAAACCGUCAUGGUACAACGAUAAAGCCGGACACACCCGAUAACAUCGAGGGCUAUUUGAGCUCAGAUGAUGAAGACGAUGAUGAGAAACGGGAGAGAGCAGCCAUCACUAUUCAGGCUCAUUAUCGAGGCUAUCGAACAAGAAAAGUGCUUGAUGUGAAGAAAGAUAUCGCUCGUCAACACGGCGCUGCCACAAUAAUCCAAGCUGGUUAUCGGGGAUAUCGAGUGCGAAAGGGAAACAAAAUUUCAUUAGGAAAUGAAGGUGAACUCGUUCAUCCAUCAGAAUAUAUGGAGAUUCAUGUGGAAGCUGCAACGAAAAUCCAAGCGAAUUAUCCCUCACUUCCUGAAUACAGCGCUGAGCACGAGGCGGCGGCUAUCAAAAUUCAGGCUGGCUUUCGUGGAUACAAAACGAGAAGAGAGUUGAAAAAGCAAAAAGAAAUGCCAGAGUACUCGGAUGAACAUACAGCUGCAGCGACAACGAUCCAAGCCGCUUAUCGGGGACAUCGAAUAAGAAAGGGGAAUAAGACACAGCAGAUGGCGGGAAAUGCAGAAGAUUUUGAGGCAAUUGAAGAAAUUGAUGAAGAAGAUCUCAUGCGACAACAAAACGAAGCAGCUACAAAGAUUCAAGCAGCUUAUCGUGGUUAUCGAACAAGGAAACAAAUAAAACAUGGUAAAGUUGCUUUUGUUGAUGAGGAACCGGAAAUGAUUGAUGGUGAGAUGGAGAUUCUAGGAAAUGAGUUGAUCGACGGAGCGACUGAGGUGAGCAAUGAGGUUCAUCACAAGUCCACUCAACCGUCAAAUGGAAACAAGAAUGGGCAAACUAUCGGUUACACGAUAAGCGUUUUAACGGGAAAUCGCUGGGGAGCUGACUCGGAAACUGAUCUCUAUAUCACUUUGCAAGGAGACGAUGGGACAAGUGUUCAAUUCUGGCUGAAGCCUGAGGUGCUUUGGUUGAAAAGUGAGACAGGGAAAUUCAAGAACAAUCAACUCGACUCAUUUCAUGUCGAGAGCGCUCCAUUGGGCACGUUGAACAAAGUGCUGAUCGGACAUGAGAAAAGGGGAUAUGGCGCUGGGAUCUUCAUCGAGCACAUCCUCGUAACGGAGAACGUUGUGGAUGGCCGACAAUUCGUCUUCUUCUGCUCGAAAUGGCUGGACAGUGGACAGGUUGACGGGAAAAUCGAGCGCUCGCUGCCCGUGUCAGCUUUUUACUAUAUCAGCUCGAUUCCCGAGGAUGGGAUCACUUCUCAUGGUCGCUGGGAGUUCAUCCUGCACAACGGGACCCCGGAUGGACAAGGAGGGACCACUUCGAAUCUAAACAUUGUCGGCUACGGCACUGAAGGAAGCUCAGUGACAACGAUCACGACCGAUAAAAGUCUCCAACAAGUCCCAUCAACAUCACUUAUACAAGUGGAUUUCGGUGAGAUUGGGGAUUUGUUGAAGGUUCGUUUCGAGAUCGAUGGAAGUGGAGAGAGACCGGAUUAUUUUCUGGAAUAUGUCGAGUUGAGAGAUUUGGAUACGGAGGAGAGAUUGGCUGUGAGAGUUGGCAAAUGGUUGGACGUGACCGGAGCGCACAAAAAGCCGCAACCGUAUCGAGAGAUCUCAGUGUUCCGCGCUGGAAUGCAGCCAUUGUCACUAAACACAUACGAGGGAAAAGUGCUAUCGGGUGAGACAUCACUUCUCUCAAAUGACUCACUCCGCGCACAACUUAUCGGCGAAUUCAGCGACAGUGGCAUUUUCCCGCUAAUUACUGGAGCGGAUAAAAAGGAGUACUCUUUCAAAGCCGAAUGCGUUUAUUUGGGUCGCAUUCAGGGAAUUCGAGUGAUCGGCGAUUUUAAAGAAAAAGGAGAAGCCAUUUUCGAGGGUUUGGCCGUCAUUCAAGACAUUUGGGAUCGCCGUGGAGUGCAGGGGAUCAACAUGGCACCAUCGCUGCUUUCGAUGUCGGCUUUCGUGCGAGAAUCAACGCAUUGCCCGUAUCGCUAUGUGCUUGCGAAUGGACGAGUCCAGGAUUUACCCGAAGAAGCCGGUCUCUACCAUAAACAGCUCACGUUGACAGAAAUGGAGGGUCUACCCACUCGAAACAAGAAAGACAAACGCGAAAGCGAGCAAGACAGUUGGACGUUGAGUAUGAGUGUAAAGGAUGACUCUGACGUGAUUCCGUAUGCUGAAAUUUGUGCUGGUCCGUCGACAUACGAGAUGAAUCCUGUCCAAGAGACACCAAAGAACAACGAGAUCAACUAUCAAAUGAGAGGCCGAGCUUUGGGUACAGUGGACAAAGUGCGUCUGGGUGUGCGAGGGCAAUUGCGCGGCGGUCGACUACACGUCAAAAGGAUGCGUUUGUCGAACGCUUUGACUGGAGAAGAGAUGCGUUUCCCGUCAGUUGACACAAUAUUCCACGAUGAUGCUGUUUACGAGUACCCAACCGUCUACCCAGAUGUACCGCCAAGACAAAAUAUCGUUUACACUGUUCAAUUGGAGACGAUGUCGGUUGGUGGAACGAUUCAGCCGUGUGCCACCGUGAUCGGACGAGAUGGCGGAAGUGGGCGACGGGCUCUUCACGCGUCAACCAUUCCACAAAGCAUGACGACGGAAAACUACGAGAUCGAGGCUGUCGAUCUAGGUCCGCUUGAAUCAAUCGAAUUAUGGUAUGAGGCGGAUACGGAUGUCGAAUGGCAAGUGGUGGCCCGAGUGGCUUCAAGCAAAGACGAAGUCGAGUACCAGACAGGACAAAUAGUGAUUCGCAAAUCCGCUCAGCGUCUCGUCAGCGCUCUCGGCGUAAUCGUU